AUGUCUGUUAGCACAUCAUCCACUGCCAUGCUUCGUCGCGCAUUUUUCGGCGCCCGCCUCGCCCCCAUCUCCGAAUCAUCUUCAGAGACUCGUCGCCGACCGACAGUACGACCUCACCAGCAACCUGUUGCAGCAAGUGGAGUCAACGGAUUGUCCCCAACCAGCAAGCGCACCAUCUUCAUCCAGACGGAAAACACACCCAACCCCGAUGCUCUCAAAUUCAUCCCCAAUCACCGCGUCAUCCCCGAAGAUUUCCCUUCGUCCUUCCUCGAAUACCUGACACCCCGCUCAACCGUCGCACCACCACACCCGUCUCCGCUCGCAGCCAAGCUCCUCGACGUCGAAGGCGUAACCUCCGUCUUCUACGGUCCCGAAUUCAUCACCGUGACCAAAUCCAGCGACGUGAACUGGGCGCACAUCAAGCCGGAAGUAUUCAGCCUGAUCACGCAGGCCGUGACCUCAGGCGAAACAAUCGUGUCAACAGUAGAGUCCGACGGCACAGAAGGUGCCCAGGAAAUGGAGAAUGACUCGCUUGCCUUCAACGAGGAUGACGACGAGGUCGUGAGCAUGAUCAAGGAACUUCUGGAAACUCGCAUCCGCCCCGCUAUCCAGGAGGAUGGUGGUGAUAUCGAGUUGCGCGGCUUCGAGAAUGGCAUUGUUCUGCUGAAGCUUCGUGGUGCGUGCCGCACUUGUGAUUCUAGCACUGUUACCUUGAAGAAUGGUAUUGAGUCUAUGCUCAUGCACUAUAUCGAGGAGGUGCAGGGCGUGGAGCAGGUUAUGGAUCAGGAGGAAGCGAUCUCGAUGCACGAAUUCGCUCGCUUUGAGGAGAAGCUGCGGCAGCAAAAGGGCGAGGCUGCAACGGCUAGCAGCUCGCUGGACAAUGCGCCGUAA